UUGCUGAACACAACAGAUUUGGGCUGAUGUUGAGAAUUUAAUAUUUUGUCAAUAUUUCGGUAAAUAACAAUUUAAUUGAAGUGGAUUUGUGUUGUUUUUUACAAAAAUGUGGGUUUUAUCUCACAUCACAACCGGUGCUCGGUUCUAUCUAUUGACGAACUCAAAGAGAUACAGUGUUGGUCGUACCAAACAAAACGAACUGUUUUUACCCAAUGAUACGUCUGUGAGUCGUGAUCAUGCUGUGAUCUAUCGUUCAUCGUCAGGCGUUCGAGUUGCGGAUACAGGUUCGAAAUAUGGUGUAUACGUUAAUUCUGGUGUCGACACAAACAAGCCCAUUGAUCCAAAUACACCGGUUGAUUUGCGCACGGGACACAUUGUUCGUUUCGGGCGUUUGGAAAACACAUUCCGCCUUGAAAACAUACCAUUCACAGUGUGUACAUCGGCAAUGCUUCAAGCAGAUCAGGAUAAAUUGAAGAAGCUAUUAAAAUUAGUCGAUGGUACAUUGCAAUCCGUAUGGAGCACCGAAUGCACACAUUUAGUGAUGACAAAUGUCACCGUUACGGUUAAAGUAUUACAAUCAUUGGCGCAUGGAAUUCCAAUUGUAUCACCCCAAUAUUUCGAAAAAUAUAUCGAAGUCGUUACCUAUCAAGGACAAGAUCUGCCCGAUGUUAAUCAAUUUAUUCCCGAAAUCACAGAACCAUACAUCAUCAAAGAGCCUGGAAUGAUGGAAGUGCAUCUUGAUCGACAGCGAUUAUUCCAAAACAAAACGUUCGUGUUCAUGGUUAAACGGCACAUGGCAAAAUUCGAGUCCAUUAUCAAAUUGGCUGGCGGUCAGUGCAUCAGUAUCGAAGAUGGAAAUUUGCGAAAGCAAUUGUUGCUGAAGGCUGAAUACAUUCCAGUCCAGUAUACACCGACGGCCAACACACAAUGUUCGGCUGACAUUGAAGAAAUUGAGAAAUACAUCGAAAAGGAACGACGUUUGAUCAAUGAAUCAGAAAUUGGGUUAGCAAUCAUUCACCGAGCCACCGAUCGCUUUUGUAAUCCAGAUCGAAAGAUGGUGUCUGAUUUCAAGCCAAGUGCGACGGAUACAAAUAACAUUUUAAAAAAGAUUCUCACCGAAGAAACUCCACAUACAGCUAGCACCGAGAAAUCGAACUCGAAUUCAGUUGUAGUACCCGAAUCGGUUGAUUUGACAGGCACUGAACCAAACAAUAAUCUUCGCAAUGUCGAAGCAAUUGAUUUGAAUAAACCGUCAACGUCAAAAGUAUCCACUGAAAUGACAUCAUCAUCACGGCGAUCAACACGAAGUUCAACAAAAGGCACCGAUGUUGUACCACAGAAGCCGCCAACACCGAAGAAAGUGCCGACACCGAAGAAAGUGCCGACACCGAAGAAGAAUCCAAAACGUAAAAACGUGAACGAAGAGGAAACGGAAGCGGACCAACAAGAAACAGUCGCAACGAUUGUUAGUGAACAAAGUAUGCCACGGAAGAAACAGAAAACUCAAGAUAGCGUUGAAAACCAAGGUGAGAGCACUUCUUCAGUAUUCGUCGAACCAUUGCCGCCACAAUCCCAAUCACAGAGUGAUCUCAACUUUUCUGGUUUCAUUAGCACACAACAUCGUAAACGAAAGGCCACCCAAGACCAGUCAGAGCAUUCGGCGAAGCGUGCGUCUGAGCCUAGCGAAGCGUUGACACGCAAACGAGCCAUAAGUAUGCUAACGGCUGACUCCGACGAAGAAGAAGAUGAUGAUAGAGGCAAUGCAUUUAAUUUUAAUCGCAAAUCAAAACGAACAAAAGUUACAUCUGCUGGAACAACACAACGACGUGUUGCCCAACGAAAUACAUUAGAUGAUAGUGAUGACGAGGAUGGAUGUGGUUUUAAUUUUUCAAAGAAACCAUUACCAAAAAGUCAGGCCAAACAAAAAUCCACACAGGAAAAAUCAAAUGAAAAGGAUACAGUGGAUGGUUCGGCCGUGGCUGAAUCUCAAAAUUCAUAUAAGUUACCAUUUCGACCGUCACUUAGUCGUUCAUUCAAUCGUACAAUCAAACCGGUUGAUAUUACAUUUGCGAAGACGAAAUGCGAUACACAUUGGAUCACGAUGAAAUUGAAAAAUGAAUUGAAUUUGGAUGAAACAAAUCAAACGGACUCAACGCCAAUAUCGGAUUCCGUUAAAAUUAAAGAAGAAAAAUUGGAAGAAUGGGAAUUGACCGAUGAAGAACAGAAGAAGCAAUGGAUCAAAUCAUUUAAGAAAGCAUUUGAAGUUCGAAAAGUUGAAGUAAACCUAACACACCGUUCAAUGGCCGAUGAAACAGAUGGUUCAGUGACUGAAUCUGAAAAUACAUCGCUGAACAAAAGCAAAAACUUCAAGAGAUUUGUGAAGAAAAACAAUUUCAUCCCUCGCACCGUCGUCAUCAAGACAACUACAGUGCCAAUCGUACUGUCCAAAUUUGCACGGGGGUAAUCAAGUUUGCAUCAUGAUGAAGUUUAAGCAAACAUAAAAAACAAAUCGAUAUAGUUUAUAUCCCAUAUAUUUUUUCGUUCGUUACAUUUACAUUUCGUUAUGCGUCCCAAUCAUUAAUAGUAAUAUUGUGCUGUUAAUUCAAAUUAAGAAUAUCAUAGUUUAUCUCAAUAAAAAAAAUAAAGUGACAAUCGAA